AUAUAAAAAAAAAAUGGAGAUCAAGAGUGGAGAAACGACAGUAAAUUCCAAGCAAACAUAUUGCUCCGGUGAGGGUGGCGAGUCAUAUCCGAAGUACAAGGGUGUGAGGAAGAGGAAGUGGGGGAAAUGGGUGUCGGAGAUUAGGCUUCCCAACAGCCGGGAGCGCAUAUGGCUGGGGUCCUACGACACGGCGGAGAAGGCGGCGAGGGCUUUCGACGCGGCCCAGUUCUGCCUGCGCGGCGGCUACGCUCACUUCAAUUUCCCCGAGUCUCCGCCGAACAUACCCGGCGGCCGCUCGCUUAGCCCGCAAGAGAUUCAAGUGGUCGCAGCUAGGUUUGCUGAGCAGGAACAAGACCAUGAACAUGGUGAUGAGCAUGCAGGGCACUUAACUGCCGAUGAUCAUCAUGAUCAUUAUAAUUAUAACAUGACUAAUAUUUCAGAAUCGCCUCCUUCACAGGAUCCAAACCCUACUUUUCCACCAGUAAUAUCUGAUCAGCAACAUUGUUAUGGGUCUAAUUACAUGAGCAGUACUAGUAAUAUGAUUAGUACUACUACUGCUGAUCAUGAGACGACCAAUAAUAAUAAUACGGAUUGGUCGUGCUUGAACUUUUUGGAUUAUUCGAUCCAUGAUGGAGCUCCUGCAGGUUAUGAUCAUAAUUUUGAUCAUUACCCUUUAUUUUCAGGACAGCUUGAUAAGAUGCAUUCUGAUGAGUACUUUUGUACAACUGCUGAUCCGGUUCUACCUGCCGCUGCUGCACCAGACGACUGCUCCACUAGAGGAGAUGAGAAUAUUUUUAUUGGAGAUGACCUCAUCUUUUCUCAUCAGUACUCCUCGUCGUUUCUUUGGAACUUUUAGCUAUGUUAUAUAUAAAUAUAUAUAUAUAUAUACCUAAUU